CUGCGUAGUUAAUAAAAAAAAUAAGCUGCUAAAUUGGAAAUAUACAACAAAACACGCAAUAUAUAUUAAAUAUAAGACGCUUGGCAAUCGGUCUAGCUCUGAUAAUGUAAUCAUGAUCAUUCACAGUCAGUUCGGGCAUUUUUUAGUAGCCAGCAUCAAGUAUAUUUGUUUAAAUUUCACGUGCUAAAUUCGGAAAAAAUCCUACAAUUGCUCGCGACUUUGACUUCGACUCUUAUUGACCACAACAACGGCCGGAGUGAAACCGCGUGAUGUCUAAACGAGGAGCAAGAGCGAGCCUGAUGGCCUACGUCUCGGCCGAGGAGCACCUGCUGGACUGCUACUCGCCGCUCGCCGCAGGAGGCGAUAUGGAGGUGGUGGCCGGGCCGUCGGCCAGACCGGACGCUCGUGCGGGCGUGGUUGUAAGUGAGGAGCUGUCCGAGGACUUGUCGCCGGCUCCGCCAUCGCAGGGGACUCCAAAGCAAAGCUUUGAGCUUGAUCCCGCUGUGGACAGCAUGCUGCACGUCAUCUCCGACGAUUCGGACAUUCAUAGCCUCAUCUCCAGUGACUUUAAGGGCUGGGAGGAGCAGCACCCGAGCACAAGCUUUGUCUGCGAUGGCGAACCCCUCAUCUACGGACUGCGCCGAAACAUGAUACCCGAGGCGGAAAACGAAGCGGCAGCAGCUCCUUUCUGGGCGCGCUGCACGCCGGCUAAGCGGCCAUGCAGCAGCCAGGAUGUCAUAGAGAUCAAUGACUCUCCCGAAUCCGUUCGAGAUCCAACAAUUGCUGUGAUGCACUCUGGAGUUUUGCUUACCAACGGCAACGCCGGCGAACAGUUCACCGUGGAGGAGGAUGAAUAUGAAGGCGGCCUGCGGCCCACCGAAGAGGGGGUUGACUCGUGUAUGAUCUACGAGGCCGUGGAUGGGGAGAAUAUGGUUGUCCUGGCGGAGGAGCAUUGCUGUGAGAUUAUCGUGGCCACACAGGGCGUGGCCAGCGAGCAGGAGUUCGCCCGAGCCAUCCUUAUGGCCGGCAAUGGUUCAACCGGGGCCCUUCUAGGCCUCUUGCCGGAGGAAAGACAUGCGGACGAGCUUAAUGGCGCCGACUACAUUGAAGCUGAGAUGGUGGAGGAGGAUUUGGGUGACGGCGAGGCGCGCGUUUCGACCGGCAACAAUGUGUACCUAAGCGAUGCAGCGCUGGAACAGCCGCUGGUGCACCACCAGGAUCUUGUCGAGGACGAGGAGAACGAGAACGCCACGUUCGUAGACGAUACACCAAUGGAAGAGGAGCGUCCUGAUAUCUGUCAGGUGUAUGAUGACGAGCUGGAAGACCACGACCGCGACGAAGAGGAUGAGGCCUGCAUUAUGCAGCAUGCUGCGCCAGAAGAGGCCGCCAAAGCAGAACAGGUGCAGGAAAAGACUCCUCUGCAACUGGUGUCCAAGAAGCUGCCCCGCGAACAAAGCAGUCCCACAGAGUUCCCCGUCAGCUCCUCCUCAAUGCCAAACGCCAGUUACAACUACGACUAUGAGGACGAUCUAAUGGUGACCCACACGCCGCUGAAGCGCAAGUAUCCCCCACUCAUGAAGAACACGCUCUACGCCGAGGCUAUGGACCGGAGGUUGGCAAGCAUCUGUCAGGCGCAGCCACAGAUGAGUCCGGCCGAAAAGGUGUCCAGUUGGGAAACUGCGUUUAGCAACGAGUGUGCUGCCGUCGAAGAUGUGGAAAGCUUUCAGGCGGACUUUGAGAGGCACGAAGCUAAUGCUGCGCCGCUAAAGCAGCACAGCUUUGUGGAGUUUCGAGAGACGCUGAUACGGAACCUGGAAAAGAUCAGCCGAGAUAUUAUGCACGUCUCGGACGAGUCAACUCAAGAGCAGGCCAGCUCCCAGUCAGCGGAGCGUCCAGUGCAUCGGCGCUUACUCCAUAUCAUGCCCACCGAGGAGACCAUUGUUCUAGAUGACGACGACGAGGACGAUUGCUACGAGGUAAUGGACAUGGACAAAGCCUCCGUCGCCACUCUGAUACCCGAAGAGGAGCUGAUGCAGGCCGAUCAGGCGCCGGAAGGCGAGGAAGUUGUGUUGCCUACAGAUGCCUGUGAACAAAGGCUGGUAACCAAGGAAACCUCCACUACAGACUUGGAUAGCAGCACGGCAGUACCGCCCUUGGAUCGCAUUGGGAAACCGAUCCCCUGUGCUUCGCCUGCUGAUCCUGAAAAAAGCUCUGAUUUGGUGGACCCGGCUGCACCGGCAACCUCUGAGCGGCAACUGUCCAGCGUUGUACUCGAUGUAAUGCGGCAGCAGGUGCAGAUGCAGCAGCAAUUUAUGGAUCAUAAGCUGCAAAAGCAGCCACAUCAACAUAUGUAUCGCUACCAGGAACUGCCGGAGGCACCACCGGGUAAGCAUUCGGUGGAAAUGUCCGGAGAUCAGGAGCCACGUUGCAUCAACAACUGCCCCACCAUGUUCUACGAGCAGCAAGAGUUCUGCAACUAUUUGGGUCUCACCGAGCUGGCCACGGCCAAUGCGGUGGCCACAGCCAUGCGCGAGUUGGCCAACAGCACAGUGGCACGGCGCUCGCUCCGCGUACGGCCCCAGCAACAGCUGGACAGGAUGCGUAGCGAUGUCCGCGGCAAGCGACGGGAUAGAGAGCGGCAGCAGGACAAGGACAAAAAGCAGCCAGUAGUGACCACCAGCAGCAGCAGCAGCGAGCCUAGUCACUCUGACAAGGAGGACAACCCGCUGCCUGAGGAAGCCAGAUCUGUUCCAGGGGCUGAUCACGAAUUGAAUGCCAUGAGAGCAGAGAAAGAGCAGCUCCAGAAGGGGCAUUACUACGACGUGCAAGGAGAUUACUCGGAACCAUUGCCCGUCCAGGAACGCUGUAAGUCAUUCAAGAAGCAGGAGAAUCUGAGAUCACCGGGGGGGCUUGUGUCCCAUCGACACAGAUCCCCCAAGGAAAGCGAAGCGCAUAUGGAGCUGGAGGUGGUCAGAGAUCAGCAGGAGGAAGGCCAUAAGCGAGCGCUGUCUGUGGCUGCCGAAUUCGCAAAAAUCUACGAUGCGGCGGCUCCAGCCCAGUCCAAGCUGCUGCAGAGCAUGCAGCAACGCCUGCGCCAGGCGCGUGAGACCAAGCCCUCGAUCUACAUCAUCAAGGCGACCAACAAUGAACCAGCGCAGCAGCAGACACAGUCCCCCAAGCAGUCCUUAUCCGACCAACUAAUCGAUGUUGCUGGCAAAACAUGUGUUCCGCGUCCCUCUCCCAUGGUCACCCCGGCUAAGGCAAGUCCUGUGAAGGCCACGCCAGCGAAGAGUCCUCCCCCUCCAGUUCCAGCACCUACUCCUACUCGAAUACCAAAGGCGCCCAAGCUAAGGAAAGCUGAAACUGCCACGCCACGUCGACGCACCACCGUGGCGGCUACUACUGUUACGGCCAAACAGGUGCGCAUCCGGGAUCUGGUAACACGCUCCACCACCCACCUCAACUCGAAGCUGCUGCGCAACCGCAAGGUAAAUCUGCUGAAGAGCUAUGCCCUUUCGGAUGUGAUGGCCCAGGGGCGCGGCAAGCGAUUAAGCGGCGGCAUCACCACCACCACCAACACUAAUGUCGCCAAAAAGGGGCCCACGCCAAAGGUGGUACGAGGUGCUGAGUUAAAGAGACCCAAACAUCUAGGGAACAACAAAUUGCCCGAACAGUAUCGCCUGCAGGAGCAGCAGAUGGCUCCUCCAAACACGCCCCGCCAGUUAGUACAGGGUGUCAAGCCAGUGGCGACUGCCACGACCAGUGCCAGGAAGCCUCCGCCCCUCCGCUUGACUAAGCGCGCCAAGCGUUCCCGCGCCAAAUCCCUGCCAGCCGCCUUUGAAGGGGUUCCAGUUCAGGCCACUGUUCCUCUUCAUAUCUACAGUGCGUUACCGGGCGCGGAUGUGCCGAAUGCAUCCAUGACCCAACCCCCAACUCAUUCCGCAUCCCCAGUUCAAGCGCCUUAUGCCAAGUCCUUCCUUAUUUACCCCCCUUCUCCAACAACGCCGACGGAGGCGUUGCGUCGCCCAUGCCAACAACAACAACAGGCUGGAAGUGGCGAUCGACUUGCAGGGCAACCCAUUCUGAACAUCGAUUCCACUCCGCCCGGCGGCCUUCUAAGACUGAGCGAAGGCUCCUGGGCGCUCUCCAAUCCACUCUCUCAAAAGUAUGGCCGGGUUUUGUACAUGUACUAUGAGCUGGAUCAGCUUAUCGUGCUGCAGGAGACGUGCAUUACCUUUUGGAAGUACUCAAAGGUCUUGAGCGUGUUGCAUCAGCUGAAGAAAACCGCCUCGCCGGUCAGAAAGUCACCUGCGCCGCAGCAGCAGCAGGAGGAGGAACUGGAUGUGAGGCCGCGAUGGGUGUACCUGGGCAGGCUGCGACGCAACACGAACGACAACGAGAUCUUCGCGCCGUACGGCAGCCGCAUCUGCGUGCACAAUUCAACGCCGGUUUACCUGGAAAUGCAGAGCCGGGCUUUAGACCAUCACAAGCGGGAGGUGAAGCUAACGUCGCUGCACGUGAAUGUCUACUACUUCUGCGAGGAGGACCUACGACCCCGGAUGCACUCGGUCCACCUGGACACGGUCAACUGCGAAGGGUCACAUGUGAUCUAUACGAGCAUCGCCGAGUCGCGAUACUUUGUGAUGGCCUGGCAGCAAGAACUGGUGAUGGGCAGACCGCGUUCGGGCAUCUGCAAGUACUCGCUGACGCCCACGCUGGACACGCUGGCCUCCAUCCGCGAGUUCAAGCAGCUGCGCCACGAGCUGCGACACAUCGAGUGCCUGUCGGAAGACCGUCUGAUUGGCUACGGACAGACGCGCGUUACCGUGUGGGAUCAUCGCAGCGGCGACACACUAAUGAACUACGAUCUGGGCCGACCCCUCGGGCGCAGUCUGGCUGCCAUGCACUACCCCAGCCUGGACCUGGACCAAAGCAGCAUGCUGAUACUCUUUCAGUACCUCAAGGAGCCGGACGACAGUCCGGCCGAGGUGCAUGUCAUCGCCUGUGAACUGUCGCAUGCCACGCCCUCGCAUCGCCUGCUCCAGAUCCACCGGCUCCCGUCGACGCAAUUCGAUGACGCAAUCGAGGCGGUGAAUACUGGAGAUCAUCUGAUCAUUAAGUCCUCGGCGGGAGGAGAGGUCUGGAUAAACGCCGCUGAUCCGCGGCAACUGACCUAUGUGGCGCCGCUGGCCAAUGGAGCGCAGCGCUUUUACUCGCGUCACAAGUCCCAGGUGAUUGAGAUGUUGCCACAGUCCCUGACAGUAGAUAGCAUCACCAAUCACAUGCUCAAGCUGGCCGUCCAGCAGCAGCAGCAGUGCCAGUUCCAGGUGCCAGUUUAGUGGCAAGUGGCCCUCGUUUGUUGUGUUCUCUCACCCCGCCCAAUGAUUUUAGCUGAAAAUGUCCCAUUUGAAAAGGAAACGUAUGACGCCUUAAAUUGUGAACUGUAAGAUCACUCAAUGUUCGUUUUGGCGCUUUGUUUUUUAGCCCCAAAAAAUGUAGUUCAAAUAUAUUGAAAACUAUCAUAAGCUUUACUUCUUUCGCCCAAUCACAAUCACAAUCCCAAUCAUCAUCGUCAUCUAGCCUAAGUCAAGCCCAGUUUAGCCUUAACUAAGCUCCAAUUCUUUAAAAUUGAUUAAGAUUUUUUAUUUAAUUGGUUUCUUUAUUUUUUCUGAAAGAAAAAACAAAACACUAUGUAAAUGUACAUAUAAUUUAACAUAAUUUCAAAUAUCUUUGAUUUACACUGCUCUCUCGCAAAGAGCGGCAGAGGAUGAUGUGUCAUAUGAGGAGUGCAAACGAAACACCAAAAUGGAAAUACAAAAUCAUAACAUUAAAUGGAAACCUAUUACAUUGUAAA